CCUCUUUUCCGGUAGAAAAUAAAUUCCCUCUCGUGGAAUUGUGAAUUCCUUCGCGAUGGCGUUGGGGCGCCACCUCCUCACCGCCAUUCGCGCCUUCAUCCUCCUCGUCAUACUCCUCCUCUUCUCUUCGGCCUCCCGAACUGAUGCGUACGGAUUCCGGCAGUUUCAGACCCUCGUCUCCCUCGCCCAUUCCCUCAUGCGCCGCGUGGCGAAUCUCCGGGCGUCGAGGGGCGACGUCGCCGGGGCUGCGAGGGCGCGGAGAAUCGCCGAGAAGCUCGAAGGAGGGUGGGCAUUCUGGCGAUCCGCGUGGUCCGUAGGGUGGGACUACGCCCGGAACUACGCCUGGAGGGCAUCGGUGUUCCGGUCGCCGGAGUUUCUCCCGGCAGUUGCGGAGCUGGAAGAGGUGCUUAGGGCACUGGGCCGUCUAGCGAGGGCGGAGUCCGAGGGGGAGAGGGCGAGGUGGGCGUCAAGCAACUAUGCCAGGCUGCUUAGCGUCUCGAAGUCUUUGGUUCGGCGUCUCUCAUCCGUCUUCGUCCAAUCGGGUCCAUUGCAUGAAACGAUUCUGGUACUUCAGAGGGAGGUGGUGGAAGGAGAGCUCGUAGCAGAUUGCGUUGAGUUGGGAGCAGCUGAUUUGAAAGGCUUACUUCAAGUUGCCCACGAUCUCAUAUUGCAGUUUUUCUCACCGUCUUCGGCUCGUUCUGAUCUAUAGAAUGAGAGACAGAUAGAGAUAGAGUUGACACAUGUUUGUUCAGUUUGGAAAUUUUCUGAUUAGCGAGAUUGUUGCUUUUUGUAUAGGGGCAUUCCCUAAUCUGUUCAGUAAAAAUGAAAAAUGUUGUCCAUUUCAAUUCA